GCCAGACUGUGGUCACUGACCGGAGACUCCUGCACAUCAGACCGCAGGUCUGACCCGGGAUCCGCCUGCCGCCGGGACCGAGCUGCACACCGACAGGAUCAAUUUAGAGACGGAUGCUGCCGUGUUGUGAAGGAGGAUGGAGGAAAACGCAUGAAACAUUUUUGUGUUUUUUCGCUCGGAGCCUAUGGAGACGGCCCUUUCUUUAUUAUAGGAAGAGAUCUCCGCGGGUUAGCUAUGUGAAGGUGCAGAUCGCUUGAUGCUCCUUUGGCGAUACUGAGGAAUCAUUAUGAACAACGCGCAAGAUAUGUCGCCCGAUUUCGUGUUGAUGCGCCUGGUGUCCGCGGCUGAAGACGACCGCUUGGACGCAGAAAACGGGAAUCUGUCGCCGGGAGGAGUGGUGGCCGGGCUGGGGAAGGAGGUGCUGGCUCACAGCAGCGUCAGAGGGGCUUUGGAUUUCACCCGAGAUCCCGCGGCGGGCCUCGACCAUCCCAGCAGCCGCUUGACGGCCGGGGACAAAGCCCAGCCGAGCAGCGGAGGCACGGCUACACCUGCCACCGGGGUGAUGGCGGCCAGAAGCCCGCUGUCCGCCCCCUCGCCUCCGCAUAGUCCUAUGGAGGCCCCGGGCUUUGACUUCGCUCCCAGAGGCGGCCUACGGCCUCAGCUGCUGGUGUUCCCCAACAUUAUGCGGGACGGAGAGGGGAUUCUGGACCGGGAUUCCGACCACCGGAAUCAGCCGAAGGAUGCUUCAGGUCUGGACCAGACCCCGGGAUCUGGGAUUUCCUCUGGCCCGGCUAUCAACAACAACAACAACAGCCUGAACGCCGGAGACGCGCAGCAGCAGAACCUCCUGGCCCGCACUUGGGGAGCUCACCCCCAAUUUACAUUAUCCACGGUGGCUGCGGAGAUGCAGGGCGGCGCGAAGCUGUGUCGCCGGCACCGUCUGAUCACCAGCCCGCCUGAGUGGCCCUUGCUAUCGGACAGAUCCAAUCCUCUCGCCGUGAUCGACUCGAAAUGGGGAUGCGCUACCGGGGAGACAGAGGGAGCCGUGUUCGAGCUGGCCCGGCGGUUCGGGGAGCUGGGGGUCGGUGCGGUGCCCAAGAUGCUAUUCAAACCCGGGGAGCUCCCGCAGUGCUCGUGUCAGGGCGCGGGGCAUGGGAACGGGCCAACAGGGAUGGAGCCCGGAGACGACCCGACCGAGACCAGCGACGCUUUGUUGGUGCUGGAAGGGCUGGGGAGCGGGGAGGUCGCCGGCCUGGGGAUGGACGACUGCUCGGAGGAUGAGACGGACGACGAGAGCGGGCGCCGCGCGUUUUUACUCAACAGGAAAAGGGAAAUAGUUCAGAAAAUGUCCGGAGAGUUUUCCCUCAGCAGUUUCCAAGCGGAGCUGACAAGGCAGGUGGAGGGGAUGGGGAUGGCUGUGGCCCCGGCGGCGGCGGCCAACCUUGACGGACAGGUGUGCAGCCUCCACGGGAAUGUGGCUCAGGUAAGCCCCGGAGAUUCAGAGAAGACGGCCCAGCAGGUUUCACCCUUGUCACCUUCACCCACACCUGUGCAGAGCUCCACCCGGGCCACCAGCCCAAACCUGAGCCAGGCGUCCACGCCCAGGAGGCGGCCGGAGCGGUGCGCCAGUGCCCCGCGGACUCCCACGGGCCGCGGCGGUGGCGGGGAGGCACUAAAAGUUCCCGGAAAGUCGAGAAAAGGCUCGCUAAAGAUCCGCCUGAGUAAACUGUUCCGGACUAAAAGCUGCAGCGGCUCCACUCACCUGCUGGACAAGAGGCCCUCGGUGACCUAUUCAAUCUCUUCCGCCGGAAGUCUGGUGGACAUGGCGAGCGCAGGUGGUGCUGAGCCGGACGCAGACAGCCACAGCCAGCCCAGACUGACCAGGGCCCACAGUGCCUUCUCUCCUGCCUCCCUCUCUGCUUUCACCGGUGAGACUGUUUCCCUGGUGGAUGUGGAUAUCUCGCGGCGAGGGGCGAACACGCCACACCCUCCCACGCCUCCUCCCCCGCCACGCCGCAGCCUCAGCCUGUUAGAUGACAUAGGCGGCCCUCAGCCGGCUCCUUUCCUAGUCAGUGUGAUGGGAGCUUCCCUGCAGUCUCUCCCUCUUCCUCUCCCUCCUCCUCCUCCCUCCCACGCCACCAUCCAGCACAGUCUCAGCCUCAAUGACGCCUUCCUCCGAUCCCUUCCCCAUUCAAACCCAUCGCCGGUCGACGCCCCGCCCCCUGGCAGACUGGCCCCGCCCCCCUCGCUCUGCGGCCUGCGACGGCCGGAGGCCAGCAACUUCACGGCCAGUCUGAGAGAGCUGGAGAAGUGUGGUUGGUACUGGGGUCCCAUGAACUGGGAGGACGCAGAAAUGAAGCUGAAGGGCAAACCGGACGGCUCCUUCCUGGUGCGGGACAGCUCCGACCCCCGGUACAUCCUGAGCCUCAGCUUCAGGUCGCAGGGAGUCACACACCACACACGCAUGGAGCACUACCGGGGGACGUUCAGUCUGUGGUGUCACCCCAAGUUUGAGGACCGCUGCCACUCGGUGGUGGAGUUCAUCGAGCGAGCCAUCAUGCACUCCAAGAACGGCAAAUUCCUCUACUUCCUGCGCUCCCGAGUGCCAGGGCUUCCUCCCACCCCGGUGCAGCUCCUCUAUCCCGUCUCUCGCUUCAGCAACGUCAAGUCGCUGCAGCACCUCUGUCGCUUCUGCAUCCGGCAGAUGGUUCGCAUCGACCACAUCCAGGAGCUUCCGCUGCCCAGACCGCUGAUCUCCUACCUGAGGAAGUUCUAUUACUACGACCCAGAGGAGGAGAUGUACCUGUCAAUCAAGAGCGUCCGGCCGAGGGCGGGAGCAGAGCGAGAGGCCGAGUCUCAGACGUAGCAGCAGAGAGCGUCCCAGCCCGGGUUUCUGUGUGGACGACUGAACUCUACUGGCCUGCCAGUCUUCCAGCGUCAGCCAAUCAAAGUCCCUGGAAAUAUCUGCAUCCUGCUGGGGUUUGGACAGCCCGGCCCCUCUGCUGACUUUGAGACAUGAAAGGAGGGAAAACGCUGGCAGUCGGAUGUCAGGAAAACUGUCCACAGGAAGUGCAGAUGCAAAGGGGGACUGUCCUCCCUGGAGAGGGGGCUGCAGAUGUCUUGUCGCCUGCAAACACGUUGGAAGAAAAAAAAAAAAUACAAAUACACGAGACGAUUCUGGACUGCCACAGAUAUUUCCCGUACAUGAACUGGACUUUUAAAACACGAUGAUGCACUGGACUGUUUGUACAACUAUUGUUCGCUGCCGUUUCCUUGUUUUCUCCUUCCGUCCGCUCAAAACGAGGGCCGCUGGACUCCUGAGGCCCUCAGGCUUUGAUAUGCAUGUAGAGGCAGAGCGUGUCACUCAGUUUGUGGAAAGUGGGUGCAAAUGGUUAUAAGAGACAGGCGGCCAUGUUGGAGGACUGACAACUAAGGCUGCGGCUGAUGAUGAUUUUCAGUGUUGAUUAAUGUAUCCGUAUUUUUUUUGUAUUAAUCAAUGAAUCAUUUCGUCUCUAAAGUGUCAAAAAUAAUUACAAACGCUCGUGCGACGUUAGUAGAGCCCAAAGUGCUGUGUUCGAGCACACUUAGGACCCUUUUCCACUCAACAACCAGCAACAUGUACCUGUGCUAAGCCACGCCCCCUUUCUGUGAUGCCGUUGUCAGAGGACACGCCCCUUUUUGACCAAACAUCGUGGAGAGUUUGUGCCUUGACCUGCGACCGAACACCUCACUGGGUUUAGUGUUCGAUGUGAUGUAGAUGCGUUUGGAAACUGCGGGCUUCUCUGUGCUGAGCCCGGCCUGUUGCAGCGCCCCCUUGAGGCCAGUAGACCCAAAAAGUUAAUCACACCUUCACAGGCCCAUGAUCAACCUUUCCACCAAAUUUCGUUACAAUUCGUCCAGUACUUUUUGAGUCAUCCUGCUGACAACCGAAGGACUGACAUCUAUCAUAUGAUGUUUUUUGUCCGUUUGCUCAGCAGCUGCCAACACGUUGCUUCCGCUUCAGCAUCAAAUUAAACAUGGUGUCUGCCGGCUCUCACCAUCAGUGAUGCAAAAGUGUGUAACCAUAGAAACUGGAUUAACUGGCGUGGACCUUUAAUAUUUCUGUAGUAUUCCUAUAGAAACUCAGCUGCAUCUUGGGAAAAAGGACUUUGAAUUUGUACGUAAUGUACACACUGGAAACUUUGCCAGUGCAUUUUUUUUUCUAUUGCACCCUAACCCUAACCCUAUAAAUUAAAAUAAUAAAACGUUAAUAAUACUAACGUUAAUAAGCACAGCCAUAUCUUGCUCAGUUUAUCCUCCACCAGUGCAGUUUCAUACUGAAACAUGAAAUGUGAUUCAGGAGUAGGAGCUGAUUUUGAUUCAAAUAAUGAUACAAAAAAUGUUGGUUUUGGGAGGAGGUUAAGCCUUACGUGUUGUUGGUGACUUUGCCAGGACAUUUUUCAACAACAACGCAGCUAAUUAGGUUUAAAUUAGCUCACAUCCAAGUGGCAAAUAUUAACGCUAGCCUGAGAUAGGCUAUGAAGUAGCAGCCCAGCCUGCAAGAUCCUGCUGGCUCCUGUUUGUCCUGCAUGUUCAGCAGCGACCCAAAGAAUCAACUGGAACCAGAACUUGACCCUCGGCAGAUGGAAAAACCAGUGUUCCAGUUUUUUAGUGCCAAAACUUUGAGUAGCGCUGCAGUGGAAAAGGGCCCUUAGUUUGAUCAGCAGCCAAAACCACCCAAAGUAACAUAUAUUUUAUAACAAUAUGAACAGAUAACAGUGGACAAUCUUACAGUUUUAGUGAUGCUGGAAACAAAUGUUUGCAAUUUUUGCUUGACAAACACUCGACCAAUUGAUUAACUCACUAAUCGUUCCACCACUACUGACAACAAAAGGAAAGCCUGUCGCACUUUUGUUGUUCGCGUUUUGCUUUCUGAUCAUUUCCUUCCCUUUUGUGAUUUGAUUUGAAUCCCCCAUCUGCGUUUUCUUUGUUCUGUCAGUGACCAAAAUGGGGAAAUAGCGCUUUUACCAUCUUUUGUCCAGCCGCCUCUCCUCCAGCAUGGCCGCUGGCAGCUCUUAGCCGUCGGUCACCGCUCAGGCCUGUUCAGUGGGAAAAAUAAUGGUUUGCUUUCAUUUUUAUGCCCUAAAACCCCCCAGAGAAACAGUCACUUUGCCUCAGUUUGUGUGUGCGGUUUGGUUUGUUGAUUUUUUCCCAGGAAAUGUUUGGUACAGCACGUACAAAGAGCACAGAGAUGAUGAAAGGUGGUGCAGCAGCUACCCGACACAAACCCCUGGCGACUGGAGGUGACGGUUUUUUAUCUCUUGGGCGAACUGAACGUGGAGCUCGGGCUGUUUCUAUGUUUCUUCUAUGAAAGCUUAGCGAUGUGCACAAGAUCACAGACACGCCUGUAGCUCCGUGUGUUAACAGCAGACUGACGGUGCAUCUUAUGAUCUUGACGAUUGUACAAGACAAACUCUUCAAUAUCUUGAUUUUUCCAACAAAAGGCAUUUGUCACCCUGCAAAAUUUCUAAGAAGCUAAAAAGUUAACAGAGUUCAGCUUUGGCCAAGGGUUCGUUAAACACUGCUUUUAUGUUAUUGUUGGCCAUCGGUUCAAUUCAGUGUUAAUAAAAACCAACCCUCAGACAUUUGUGCACACGUUUAGUGAGGAAGCAUCAUUCUUCAAUUCCUUGACUUACUUCCACAUCAAUUAGUGAUUUCCUACGUUUCCCAGAAUGCCUUGCGAGAGCCUCCAGAGAGCCGGUGUGAUGUCUUGUUGCUUUCAAUCAAAAAUCAAAUGAGGACGUAUGGGAAAACACAAGCAGCGAGCUUAUGGCUGCAAUGCCUUCUGGUCUACUGAGUCAAAUAUCAGUGGAUACGUUAUAUCUCUGCUUCUUCUAUGGUGGAUUUCUGCCUUUUUAACUCUUGGCCAAUUAUCCAUAUGAUAAUUGGCCAUCCAUAAAAAUACUGCACCAAACAACAAAACGGACCCACUAAUGCAAACCGACGUGUUUUUUUUUAACAGUGAAAAGUUGUUCAGGGUGGAUUUCUCUGGUUUUUCAAGUCUGUUUGACAAAUAAAGGUGCUCGUUUAAUUCAAGGGUAAAGGAAAAGUUGAAAAAGUUGUAUGGAAAUGAAUAAGCUGCUAUAUUCCCUUUAUAUUUCAGCAUAUAGGCGCCUUCAUCAGAGGUUCUGCUCCCGUGUUUAAAGACGGGCAGGUUAGCCGUAGAAAGAAAAAAGCUUUCUUAAUUUUGGCACCCAACUUGGCUUCCUUUUUUCAAGAAAAAUGAAAAUGUUGUUCAGUUUACUUGCAUCUGCUCUAAUAACCAUCAUAUUUUGGUGUUACUGAACUGAAACUUUAUUUUUCCCACUGAGCGCUGCCUGCCUCACAUGUGUAUCUCUGCCCCCUGUAAGUUUUAUUUGUUGAAAUGCCCGGUUGGUUGUACUUUUCUCUUCUAUUUCUCAGUACCCUGAAGCUGAACACUGGCUCAGCGUUUUCAGUACAAAAAAAAGCCAAAAAAA